AUAUUCAUAAUGCUGAAAAAGUUCACAAAGAUUUUCAUUCAGGCAAUAUAUUACUUAAUUAUUCUCGUCCAUUUAUAAGUGACUUAGGAAUGUGUCAACCAGCAAAUUUACAGCAAUCAGUUAAAAAAGAAGGAAUUUAUGGAGUAUUACCAUAUAUGGCACCAGAAGUUUUACGUGGAUAUCAAUAUACAAAAGCAGCAGAUGUUUACUCAUUCGGAAUAAUAAUGAACGAAUUUCUUUCUGAAGAAAUUCCUUUUAAUGAUAUUCCUCAUGACGAAUUUUUAGCUAUUAAAAUAUGUAAAGGACUUAGACCAACAAUUUCUAAAGAUGUGCCAAAGUUACUUGUAGAUUUGAUAAUAAAAUGUUGGGAUGCCAAAAUAAAAAAUAGGCCAACCACUAAAGAAUUGUAUCAACUGUUAAAGAAAUGGUAUGAUGAAAUUAAGUAUAUUGAUAGUGAAGAUGGUGAAGAUGGUGACAAUAGUAAAAUAUAUUUUCAAAUAAAAGAAUAUGAUAAAAUUAGAAAAGAAAAAUUCAAAAACAGGUCAAUUGAAGAUAAACCCAAUAGCUUCCAAACACACCCACAAGCAUUUUAUACUAGUAGACUUUUAAAUUUCAAAAAUCUUCCAAAACCAGUAAAUUCUUCGGAGUUAUCAUCUUUUCAAUUUAGUUCAGAUACUAGUUAUACUGCUCAAUCAACAUCAGCAAAUCCGAUUUCGGAAUGCUUGGAUGUUCAAUUAAGUGAAUUAGAACUAAACGAAAUUUGUCAAGAUAGUGAACAUAAUAUCGAAUGAAGUUUCUUUCUAUGAGUGCGUUGAAGUCCAAUAGUUUUAAAUUUUUUUAUUUACAUUUGUUUAUAAUAUAGUACAUAUAGAUUUAUUGG